CAAACGGUGAGCAUUUCAAAAACACGGGUUGUUUAAAGUUGUUAUUGGUGAAAUGGUUGUCCUGGUCAAACCGAGUCCUCAGCUGAACAGCAAAGCGAUGGAUGGAAACCAGACCAAAGUGGAUGCGAAUGUUCUCCUACUUGGAGCGGAAAAUGUUGGAAAGUCAGCGCUUACCGUGCGUUUAAUCACGAAAAGAUUCAUCGGGGAAUAUGGAGAUAUUGAAUCAAUAUACAGUCAUUUCGAUAAAGUUGACGGACGAGACAUAUCCUUAAAUAUUUGGGACUCUCUGUAUCCACAGAGCAGCAAAACGACUGAAUCUUUUAGCGACAAGCAGCUUCAAUGGGCGGACGGUGUGAUCCUCGUCUAUAGCAUCUGCGAUCGCUCCAGCUUCGAGGUGGUCCAGCAGCAGGUGCAGCUCCUCCGCAAAACCAGAAAGCUCUCGGCGUCGGCUCCGAUCAUUAUCGUGGGGAACAAGCGAGACCUGCAGCAUCAAAGAGUCGUGUCGAGCGAGGAGGGUCGGCUGUUCGCGCUGUCCGAGGACUGUGGUUUCUUCGAGAUCUCAGCGGCCGAGACGUACCACGGCGUGCUGCUGGUCUUUCACGAAAUAUUGGAAUUAAUCAGGGAGUCCAGGGCACUGAAAAAGGGAAUGGUGGGGAUUAAGGGCAUAGUCAGAAGUGUGUCCGCCGUUUUUGGAAAGAAAAAGGAAUAGCGAACUGAGUUUGAGAUGAUGAUGACGAUGAUGUUAGUCGGAUGAUACAGUCGUUCUUGAUAGCCAAGUAGCCUAGUUGAAAAGGACUAGUGCUGACUGGUUUUAGGGCUGCCCAGUUAAACUACAGGGGCUGUGAUUGGAAAAGAACAACACUGUUAGAAGUACAGGGUCCAGGAUUGUGUUCCUGGUAGAGGACUGGUGGAGAAUUGCGUUAGCAACGCAAAGAUCAUGGGUUCGAAUCUAGAACCACACAUUAUGAUAGAAAAGUAUUGUUUGAAUGCAAUGUAAGUCGCUUUGGAUAAAAGCAUCUGCCAAAUGCAGAAAUGUUUAUGGUAAAGAAAAGUAAUUUAAGGUCGUUGAAGCAAGGCAAUAAGGGAAUUAUGGAAGAUAAGUAAAUCUGGGUCCAAGUCUGUCAUCUGGUUUGUUGGAGAAGAAACAGCCCAACCUGGCCAUUUCUUAAAAAAUUAUCUUUUUGCACUAAACAAAUCUGAAUUCAUGACUCUGUUCCAGAUAUGGGCCCCUUUAUUUUCCCAUCAAAGUGUCCAGAUGUGUAAUAAAAUGUAAAUAUAUUGUAUGUUUAUUUCAAUUGCAAUCCAUAACAAGAAGAUAGAGACACAGUGUUAUUGACUGCAGCUAUAACUCAACUGCUGUUACAGUACUAACUAAUUCAGUACAUACCACACUAUAUUACAGACUGUAAUCUUUCUCUUAUAUGAAAAUGUAGGCUUACCUUGUUUACUGUAUAUUGAUUGUAUUCUAAUUUGUGUCAAUUUAAAAUUGUCAAUUUCAAUAAAGGAUAAAUGUUGUUACUUGGA